GAAAUUGUCGUUACGCGAAUGCUAAUUCUCCUUACUUGGUGUAUGCAGAUCCUUCUUUUUGCUGAGAGCGGCGCCCGACGCCUCUCUGAAACCAAGCGAGAGGCGCUCGAAGCCUCUACCUCUGCAUCCUCCCUGAAGCAUGAUCUAGAAAACGCGACCGAGCGUCGCGAGUAGUUGGUGAAGGAGUGCGAGGAAGCGCAGAUGAAUGCGGCCAUGGAGGUGUCGCAGCUUCAGGGCGCUCUUGACGAAGAGCGCAAUAAAUCGGCAACCCUUCAGGCGGAGAAGGAGGCAUUGGCGCAGGAGGCAGGCGCCCAAGCGAGUGAGAUAGAUAUCCUCAAGGAGGAGAAGAGGUGGCAAGACGCCUACAAGGACUGUAAGAAAACCUUGAAAGAGGCGCGGAAAGAAAUUUCCAACUUACGCCAUUCUUUGGACAACUUCGAGGAGUCCGAGGCUGGGAAAAGUUUGAGCGUCAAUGCUUGCUUGGUCGGCCUCGAAAUUUUGAAGGUUAAGUUGGAGAAGGAUCACCCCGACCUUACUUGGGAUUUCACCGAGAUGGCCGAGUAUGUGAUCGGGGAGAUGGAUACCCCCCGUGAAGCGGGGAGGGCGCCCAAGCCUCCUACUGUAGAUGAGCCUCCAAGUGAUUCUGCUCCUGCCUCACCUUUCCCUAAGGCGCCUAGUGCCGGGGAUGCCAACUCAGGAGCUGAGUAAAGAAUGGGCGUCAACUAAGGAGGAUCUUUUUUUUAAUAUCUAUAAAAACGUUUCCGUUGG